AUGGUUUCACAAUCAAAUGUCCAACAAAGAGGCCAAUGGUCGAGUAAAAAGGAAUUUAUUUUGGCUGUUGCCGGGGAAAUCAUUGGUCUGGGAAAUAUGUGGAGGUUUCCAUACCUGUGUUAUAAGAAUGGAGGUGGAGUGUUCUUCAUUCCAUAUCUAGUCUUCUUAUUUGCAUGUGGUAUUCCACUGUUUUUUUUGGAGGUAUCCUUGGGUCAGUACACCAGUCAAAGUGCCGUCACCAGCUGGAGGAAGAUUUGUCCGCUGUUUCAAGGGUUGGGCUUAGGAUCUCAGGUGGUUGUGUUCUAUUGCAGCAUCUACUAUGCUGUUAUUCUUGCCUGGGCAUUCUUAUAUCUCUUCUUUUCAUUUAGUUCUGAGCUGCCCUGGGCAAGUUGUAGUAAUCCCUGGAACACAGAAACUUGUGUUGAGUUUGUCAGUAUGGGUAAGAACUUCAGUACCCUGCACAAUGCAACAUCACCGGUCUUAGAGUUUUGGGAUAUGAAUAAGCUGGGAAAUGUAAGGUGGGAGCUGGCACUCUGUCUCCUUCUGGCCUGGAUCAUCUGCUUUUUCUGUGUCUAUAAUGGAGUGAAGUCUUCAGGCAAGGUGGUUUAUUUCACUGCUACAUUUCCUUAUCUAAUGCUGGUGGUACUGCUGGUGCGUGGACUUACGCUUCCUGGAGCAACUGAUGGCAUAAAAUUUUAUCUCUAUCCAGAUCCUUCACGUCUUUCUGACCCUCAGGUUUGGAUGGAUGCUGGAACACAGAUAUUUUUUUCUUACUCUGUCUGUAUGGGUUGCCUUAUUUCUUUAGGAAGCUACAACAAGUACAACAACAACUGUUACAAGGACUGUGUUUACCUGUGCUUGUUGAACAGUGGGACAAGCUUUGUGGCUGGAUUUGCCAUCUUCUCUGUUUUGGGUUUCAUGGCCUAUGAACAGGAAAUAGAUAUUUCAGCAGUGGCAGAAUCAGGUCCAGGAUUGGCCUUCAUUGCCUACCCCAGAGGAGUCGCAAUGAUGCCUGUUCCACAACUAUGGGCUGUUUGUUUCUUCAUCAUGGUCAUUUUGCUGGGCUUGGACACUGAGUUUGUGGGUUUGGAAUCACUGAUAACAAGCAUAGUGGACAUGUUUCCUUCCUUCUUCAGUAUUGGUCAUCGGCGCACACUGCUUCUGCUCUUCAUCUCCAUUGUCUGCUUUCUCAUUGGCCUGGUUUUAGUAACAGAGGGCGGCUUGUAUAUUUUCCAGUUGUUUGAUUACUAUUCUUUCAGUGGGGUUACAGUUCUUAUAUUUGGCCUUCUAGAAUCAGUGUGUAUUGGGUGGGUGUAUGGUGCAGACCGCUUAUAUGAUAAUAUUAAGGACAUGAUUGGUUAUCGUCCAGUAUGCUUAAUGAAAUAUUGCUGGAAGUACAUCACUCCACUAGUCUGCAUGGGCACGUACGUCUCCUCUCUGGUGAAGUUCACUCCACUGAAGUUUAACAAUACACUUGAAUACCCCUGGUGGGGCUACGUUUUCGGCUGGUGGUUAACUCUCUCUUCAACCCUAUUGGUUCCUCUUUGGAUGAUCUACGCUCUCCUCACCUCUAGUGGUUCGCUGAAACAGAGACUACGUGUUCUUUGCACCCCUGCAAGUGACCUUCCUUUGGACCGUAAAACAGGGAAACAUCAUGUACCUGGAAACUACAUUGGCAUCAAGCCUGUAAAGACAGAACAAGACAUCAGUGAGACAUAUAUCUAG